UCAGCCGCCUCGCUUGCACCCUCCCCCCACAACCGCCUCCAGCCUGAAGGGUCUCCGAUAAGCAACCACUGAGCCUUUCGAAGCAGCCUCCACCCAACACAGAUCCGCCAUGGAUGAUGAUAUUGCAGCGCUCAUGGUCGACAACGGCUCCGGCAUGUGCAAAGCCGGCUUUGCGGGAGAUGACAUGCCCUGAGCCGUCUUCUCCAUCGUGGGUUCCAUCGUGGGUCGCCCCAGACAUCAGGGUGUGAUGGUCAGGAUGGGCCAGAAAGACAGCUAUGUUGGAGACGGCGAAAGCAAGAGGGGCAUCCUGACUCUUAAGUACCCCAUUGAGCAUGGCAUUGUCACCAACUGGAAUGACAUGGAGAAGAUUUGGCAUCACACUUUCUACAAUGAGCUCCGAGUCGCCCCGGAAGAACAUCCUGUGCUGUUGACGGAAACCCCCCUGAACCCUAAGGCCAACAGAGAGAAGAUGACCCAGAUCAUGUUUGAGACCUUCAAUACCCCAGCCAUGUACGUUGCCAUCCAGGCUUUGCUCUCCCUGUACGCCUCUGGCCGUACCACCGGCAUUGUGAUGGAGUCUGGCGAUGGUGUCACCCACACCAUGCCCAUCUACGAAGGUUACGCCUUGCCCCACGCCAUCCUCCGCCUGGACCUGGCUGGCCGCGACUUGACCGACUACCUCAUGAAGAUCUUGACCGAGAGAGGCUACUUCACCACCACGGCCGAGCGAGAAAUUGUGCACGACAUCAAGGAGAAGCUGUGCUACGUUGCCCUGGACUUUGAGCAGGAGAUGGCCACCACCGCAUCCAGCUCCUCCCUGGAGAAGAGCUACGAGCUGCCCGAUGUGCAGGUCAUCACCAUCGGCAACGAGCGGUUCAGGUGCCCAGAAGCUCUCUUCCAGCCAUCUUUCUUGGGCAUGGAAUCCUGCGGCAUCCAUGAAACCACCUUCAACUCCAUCAUGAAGUGUGACAUUGAUAUCCAUAAGGAUUUGUAUGCCAACACCGUCCUCUCUGGUGGCACCACCAUGUACCCUGGCAUCGUCGACCGGAUGCAGAAGGAAAUCACUGCGCUGGCACCCAGCACAAUGAAAAUCAAGAUCAUUGCCCCACCUGAGCGUAAAUACUCCGUCUGGAUCGGAGGAUCCAUUCUGGCCUCUUUGUCUACUUUCCAGCAAAUGUGGAUCAGCAAGCAGGAAUACGAUGAAUCUGGACCAUCCAUUGUCCACCGCAAAUGCUUCUAAAAGCAGGACUCAGUUACCACAAAUAGCAUUUUUUUCUCCUCUUUUUGACAAAAAAAUAAUAAUAAUUCUCUCCCCCCCCCACCUCCAUAACUUGCGCAUAAGUGAAAAAGUUUCAAGAUUUGGCAUGGCUUAUUUGUUUAUUUGGCGCUUGACUCAGGAUAUCAAAACUGGAAUGGUGAGAAAAAGAUUUUGACGGUGGAAGCCUUUAUUAAAAAUAAAAAUGCAAAAAAAAAAAGUUUGG